AUGGCGGCUUUACCAACCAUGCGGCCACUGGGCUGCUUGAGAUCCUUGCUUAAGACCCAGGAGGCUAUCCAGCCUCAACUGGGUCGCCGAUUCCUCUCAACCGCCUACUCCCAGCGCCCCCAGCGCGUCCCUCUCCCUCAGAAUGUCCCCGAGCACUUCCUAUCACAAUUACCAAUUCGCAUGCGCCCCGAGAACGCCCCAAAGCCUAUUAAGGUCUACACUCCUCCCCCUUCCGCCCGCAAAGCAUGCAAAGACCCCAUCGCAAAGGUCACCGAAUCGCAAUUGGAAACCCUCGACCCCAAGGGUGAGCGCAAGGCCCUGUUCGACUACCGCCGGAACCCCCGCAGUGUCAAACCCGGUGAUAUUGUCCGUGUCACAUUCAAGAACGGCGACCCAUUCAACGGCGUCGUGCUGAGCAUCAAGCUCCGCGGAAUCGACACUUCCAUCCUGCUCCGUAACGAGCUUACCCGUGUUGCCGUCGAGAUGUCGGUGAAGGUAUUCAAUCCGAAUAUUCAGAGUGUGGAGAUUGUCCAGCGUGCGCAGCGCAAGAUCCGUCGCGCGAGAUUGUACUACAUGCGGUCUCGCAAGCACGACCGCCGCAGUGUCGAGAAUGUUGUCAACGCCUAUCUUCGCCAGAAGAGGGCCUUUAUGGGCAAGCGGUGA